AUGGAGUUCCAUUUUCUGAUAAAAGCGUUCUUUUCUGGCGCAUUGGUUGGUGUUUUGGGACUGUUUUUCCAUCUGUAUAAUACCCUGGUCGCGAAGCCGGAGAGGCUGCGUUCCGCCCUUAAAAGGCAAGGAGUGAGCGGCCCGCGUCCGACUCUUCUUCUUGGAAACAUUUUGGAGAUAAAAAAGGCAAGAGAUUCUGCAGCAAAGGCUUCUACCAAUGGCGCUCCAGCCUCGCACAACUGUGGGGGUACUCUUCUUCCUUUUUUUGACAAAUGGAGGCAGCAAUACGGCGACGUGUUUAUGUUUUCGCUUGGGAAUGCACAAAUAGUGCAUGUGACUCAACCGGACAUGGUGAGGGAGAUUACUACUUGUACAUCUUUGGAUUUGGGGAAGCCAACAUAUCAAGCAAAAGAGAGGGGUUCAUUGCUAGGCCAAGGCAUUCUCACUUCUAAUGGCACCAUUUGGGCUCAUCAGAGGAAGAUUCUUGCUCCUGAAUUAUACAUGGAAAAGGUCAAGGGCAUGAUAACUUUGGUUCAAGAGUCGACGAUCACAUUAUUGAACUCUUGGAACAAUAUAGUUGAGGAGGAGGGUGGCCUGGCGGACAUCAAUAUUGAUAAGCACAUGAGAAGAUUUUCCGGAGAUGUAAUAUCCAGAGCUUGUUUUGGGAGCAACUAUUCCGAAGGAGAGGAAAUUUUCUUGAGGCUUAGGGCCCUCCAAGAAGCUGCAUCAAAGAAACUUUUGGCUGUAGGAAUACCAGGCAUGAGGCAUCUUCCUAUAAAGAGCAAUAGGGAAGCAUGGGCAUUGGAGAAAGAGGUCAAGACAUUGAUAUUGAAUGUAGUGAAGGAAAGAAAAGAAGUUGGAUAUGAGAGAGAUUUAUUGCAAAUGGUUCUUGAAGGGGCAAAAAACAGUGAUUUAAGCCAAGAUUCAAUUGAUCGUUUCAUUGUUGACAAUUGCAAAAACAUUUACUUGGCUGGGUACGAGACCACGGCAGUUUCUGCUUCAUGGUGCCUCAUGCUAUUGGCUUCUCAUCCGCAUUGGCAAGAUCGGAUUCGUGCUGAGGUUCAAGAAAUCUGCAAGGGCCGAAAUCCCGAUGCUGAUAUGAUUCGGAAAAUGAAACAGUUAACCAUGGCAAUCAACGAGUCCUUACGCCUCUACCCUCCUGUGGCUGUCGUAUCAAGGGAGGCCUUAACCGACAUGAAAUUCGGAGACCUUAACAUCCCCAAAGGUGUUAAUCUAUGGACAAUGGUGACAACAUUACACACUGAUCCGGACAAUUGGGGACCUGAUUCCUACCAAUUCAAUCCAGAAAGGUUUGCAAAUGGACUUACUGGAGCUUGCAAAUUUCCGCACUUGUACAUGCCAUUUGGGGUUGGACCAAGGGUGUGUCUAGGCCAGAAUUUAGCCUUGGUUGAACUCAAAAUACUUAUAUCUCUAAUUUUGUCUAAAUUUUCAUUCACUUUGUCCCCUAAAUACAUUCAUUCACCAGCACUCAAUUUGGUUAUUGAGCCUGGCCAUGGAGUUAAUCUGUUGGUGCAGAAGUUGUGA